UUCCGCAGCAAGUCGUUGAAAAUGUUUCGCUUUUUAGUGUUAGUUGGUGCGUUGAGUGUGUUCUGCCACAAUGUUUUGACUACAUCUUGCCCGUUCUGCAUUGGAGUUGACGAAUGCGAAUCAAACCAAAGCAUUCCCAAGGUUACUUGCACCGCUUCCAUUGUUAAUCAAACGGUUACCGAGUUGAGUGUGUUUUACGAAGAUUUGACGGAAUUCACUGCAAUCGUAAGCGUGUACAGCUGCGUCGACGUAAAAUUUAGGAUUCAAGGCCAUGAUAAUAAUGCAUUCGCCGUGCAGGGAUGCACAGCGGGUCAGAAAAGUAUUUGCAGCCAACCGACGUUUGACAUCAAUGGCUCUUUGAAUUGCUCAUCACGCAACGUUGGGCACUCCAUGCAUCGCCCAGACAGUGUAGGCCUGCUCAGUAGAGCUCUGUUAAGCCUGGUCGCUGUAAUCGGUGCAUUCGCAGUAUCAAGUUGAGUGUAGAAAUCGAUAGCACUUGUGCUUAGUAUCUUACAGAUAAAUAAAACAAACUAAUAACCGUCAU